AUGAGCAUUAUUGUUGUUGGUGGUGAUCAUGAAGCUGCAUCAAAAGGACAAGCGGCUCAUUUUCAAGUCGAUUCUGAUGCAGUAGUUGAUAAAUUAUUGCCGUUUCCUCGACGUCAUGUAUUCUUGUCCCAUACAAGUUUUAAAGACAUUAAUCUAUUUCAAGCAACAUAUUUAUUUGUACUUCGAAAGAGAGAUAAGGACAAUGGAACAAAUGCAGUUAUUAUUGAAGCCCCGACUCCAAAACGUAUCUUGGUUGAGCCCUGUACUAUUUCGUGA